GUACGUACUUGUAAUUUAAUUGUAUUUUUAAACAUAAAAACAAACACCGGUGACCGUUAGCGCACAUGCGGGUUCAAUUCAAGACGUUGUACGGUGUAUUAUUUUGAACGGAAAACCUUAAGAUAAACAUGGACCGGGCAGCGGCUGGUGUCGACGAAUGUUACAUGACGGCGCUACAGAUUUUUGACUAUUGUGGUACAGAAAGGAGUGGGUCACUGCGCGUGGACGAUCUUAUGGAUAAAUUUGCACCGUUCGUAAAAACUAACAGGUCAGAAUACACGUACCUAAAAUCAUUACUGGACCCGGACAAGGAUAACCCCGAGAUAAGCGUUACAAAGCUAGCUACAGCUCUCCAUCGUUACAGCGAAAGCCAGAAGACCAAGCUCGAUUUCGAUGAGAGUUUUAAUUUGAAAAGUGGACAAGCGCCCCAGGAUUCGGAUUCCGGUAUAUCAACAGAUGGGUUCCAACUCUUGGAGGAGCUGCAAAGCGAGCUCCGGGAGAAGGCCCACUUGGCCCAGCAGCUCCGCUCACAGCUCGACUUCACGGACCGCCAGCACGAGGAGGCGCUCGCCGCGCUCACCGCCGAGCGAGACUCCAUGCGAUCCCAUCUCAGCAUCCUGCGGGAGGAGAACGCGGCCCUGACGCACGCCCGACGCGACUACGAGGAGGCGACCGACCGGCUGCUGGCCAGCGAGAGGGCCCUGGGCGACGUGCGCCGGGAACUGGACACCAGCAGGCGCCGGGCGAGGGUGCUGCACGAACAAGUCACCACUUUAGAGAAUGAGAAAUUGACCUUACAAGAGCUGUUGUCGAAGUCUAAGGACGAGUGCCACCGCAUCAACGACAUGUACGCCUCGCGACAGUCCGCGCUGCUCGAGGAGAACGAGACGCUCAAGAGCGAGCACGCCGACCUCACGGCGCGGCUGCAGGACCACAACGAGUUCAUGCAGCAAAUCAUCAAGGAAAAGGUGCUGCUAGAGAUGGAAUUGAAAGACGUUCUCAACAAAUCGAACCAAACCCACACGCGCAUGGACCGCUCCAUCGACAUCAGCUACACCGACGAUCAGAUGCUGACCGCAUUGGACAGUCUCAACGCUGACAGCAGGUUCACUCAAGAAAAUCGUAUAUUAGACGAGGAGUCGUUUGCGAACGCGCUAAGAGAUGACCAGGGGCGCUCAACGAACAUGUCCCUAUUCGACGAGAUACGGCUCAGCUUCUGCAACGUUUCUCGUCACAACGCCACCGGAGUGCUCACUGACAGGAGCUUAUGUCAAUGUCACGAUGACAGCUCCUUCACUGCCGUCUUCGCUCAGACCGACAACCGUGAAGCAUCCGAUUCUAAUCCCAAAACUGUCAUCACAACUGAAACGAAAUGUCACGAAGAUACAGCAUCACAUAAUGACGUCACAGCAGAAGAAAAGUUUGUAUAUAAUUGCACUCGAGUACAUAACGAUCUUUGUGAGAAUUUAAACAGUAGUGCGAGUAGCGUGGUGGACGUAAGCGAAGCCAAACGGAGAUGUUCAAUAACAAUCGGAACUCAAACAAUGAGUAUUGUAAUUAAUACAAUCGAUAAAGAAACUAGGAUAGUUGAGACCGACAAAAAUGACUCUUACCACAAUAGUCAUAAAGUUAAAAUUGACAAAUCAACGAAUACAGAAUAUAAAACGCAACGUUAUCCCAAUGAAAGUAUAACUGAAACGCGAUCGAUCGUAACGCAGACCGACGAAAAUGAUUCUAAUGUCAAUAACGUUACGGCUCAAAAAUGUAUUGAAUGUGAAAGGAAAAGUGAUUAUACGGCCAAAUUGGAAAGGGACCUGAGACAUUCGCGUCGUAGUCUCGACGAACUACAAACAGAAUUGCGUCGCUACGAGGACAGUUUAGCUUCGCUACAGAACUACGCAGACGAGAAUGACUCGAUAAACAAUCAAUUAAGAACAUCAGUUAAAGAGUUACAAUCAAAAAUACUUGUACUAGAGAAGGCGUGUGUGACACAAAAGGAAUCUAUUGAAAAUUUCGAACUUGAAACAAAGUCUUAUGUGCGACAUGAGAAGAUAAAUGAUAAUACAUCGGUGGCCACACAAGUAGACCAGCCAUGUGCAGACUGCGAGAGAAGACUGACCACUACUGCUAAUAGAAGUCUGAGAAGCUUUUUUUGGGAUUCGAUAAAGUGCCUGUUCCAAAUGUUCGCUAUCAUAUGCUUCGCGUGCGCCGUGGUCGUGCUGUACGGGGUGACGAGGCGGACCCAGGCGCAGUGCGGGCGCGAGCCUGUUCCUGGAAAUGGUUCAGACCCCAGGAGGUCAUGGACAUGCUGUUCCGGAUAGAGUACUUGGCCGAUGUACCUAUGUAGCUGUAUGAUGUCGAUUUAUUACGCUACGUUCUUUGGUUGCUGCUGUGUGCUUAGUGCGAGUUUUUUAACGCUCUCGAUAACGUAAAAGUUAGCUCAUAUUUGUAUGGAAUGGGAUCGUUUGCC